AUGUUUUUUAGAAGCCUUGGACACAGCUCUCAAAAUUCAGGGACAUUGAGUCAGCUAAAGACUGAAAAGAAUGUAGUGGACAAUAUAAGUGGUUAUUUUGACCCUACAGCACUAGAAAGAGGAGCAAAGGCAUUAAAAGAAUUGGAUGCAUCACCAAAUGCUCAGAAGGCCUUCGACUUAGUUAGGCUGCAAGAAGUUACAAAGCAAAUGGAAAUAGAAAAGGAGAUGGAGCAAAGUGCAAUGUACAGAACUCAGGCACAUAAUGAAAAGGUCAGAAUAGAAGCAGAGGAGCGUCGCAAGACAAUCAGUCACCAGCAAGAGGAAGAACGUGUAACUGCCCAAUAUAAAGCUAGACUUGAAGCUGAAGCUUAUCAAAAAAAAUUGUAUGAUCAGCAGGAGCAAAAUACUAGUUGGUUAAAACAACAACAUGAACAAUUUUUACUUCAAGAAAAGGUUCGCAAGGACAAUGAACAGGAAAUACUAUUACUAAGACAAAGGCAAUUAGAAGAAGAAAAGAGGUUAGAAAAAGAAAAUAUAAAAAUUAAAAUUCGGGAGAAAACACGAGGCAAGAUUCAGCUUGAAAGGGAAAAUUUAGACAUUCACUUGCAGGAACUUAAAUUGCGUGCUGAGGAGAAUAGGAAAACAAGGAUAGAAUCUAUACAAUCUAUAUUUGGAAAUUUGUCAACUAUAACUGGGAAAUUGUAUGAAGAUAAGAUGAAAUUGGCCACUUUAAUUGGUGGAGUAACUUUGACUGCACUUGGCAUAUAUGGUUCCCGUAGUACUGCUCAAGUUAUUGCUGGAUAUUUCGAAUCUCGCCUUGGAAAACCAUCUCUUGUGCGUGAGACCAGUAGAAAUAAGUUUUCAUAUCUAGGAGAUUUUGUUGCAAAACAAACUAGUUUUUUAAAGUUACUUACUUCGUUUAUGAGAAAGAGUAACACUUCAGCUAUUUGUGAAGACAUCAUUCUUCCGAAAGAUUUGCAAGAAAGACUAGAAUGGACAGUAAAUAGUUUAGUAAAUUCCCGCAAGAACAAUAUUCCAUUUAGGCACAUGUUACUUUGGGGAGCCCCAGGUACAGGGAAAACUCUCUUCGCACGUACAUUAGCCUUAAAGUGUGGUAUGGACUACGCAAUAAUGACAGGUGGGGAUGUCGGACCACUGGGAAGAGAUGCAGCCAAUGAAUUAAAUAAAUUAUUUAAAUGGGCUAAAAUGUCAAGACACGGACUUAUAUUAUUUAUUGAUGAAGCAGAAGCAUUUCUUAGAAAAGGAAGAGAAUCUACAGACUCAAUAUCUGAGAAUAUGCGUAAUGUACUAAGUAGUUUCCUAUAUCAUACCGGCACUGAGUCUAAAGAUCUGUGUAUCCUUUUAGCGACUAAUGCUCCUGAAUGUCUAGACAGGGCUAUUUUAGACCGUGUAGAUGAGUCAUUUGAGUUCCCUUUACCUAAGCACAGUGAAAGGACUAUGAUGAUAAAUAUGUUCUUAAACCGAAAUUUUCCCCAAAAUUCUGUGCGCUCUAAAAGGUACAAUAUUAGAUUAGAUCCUGCUAUUGAUACUACAUUUGUUGAUUACCUGGCAAGCAGGACGGAAGGUUUUUCAGGUAGACAGCUCUCAAAGCUCAUUAUUGGUAUGCAGGCAGCUGCUCUUGGUUCAGGAAGUAAUAUAUUAACGAAAGGAUUAGCUGAAGCAGUACUAGUAUGGAAACUCGCAUACAAAGAUGAGCUAAAGACAAACUUUGGGAGUAAUAUAUAUAACUCAGAUGGAGUAAUGGAUAUACAUAAAAAGUCAGUUAUACAAUAUAAUCACAACUAUCCUAAAGAAGAUACUGGAAGAUUAGCACUAAAUAUUGGUACAUCAACAAAUAGUUCAUCUAAAAGUGAUGAUCAAGUGCAGAUCUCUAGAGUUACUGCAUAA